CACGGAGCAAAAAAAAACCCAUGGACGUGUGACGAUGUGCAUAUUCUAUGCCGCCCAAACCUCCGAAAGAGAUUGCAGGUGGUCGCUUCGAGAUUCAGAAAGCCCUCGGAGCGGGAUGUUUUGGCCAGGUUUGGAGAGGCAUUGACAAAGAGUUAGAUAAUGAGAUGGUGGCCAUCAAGUUUGAGGACAACCAAGCGAAAGGGAAUCCCAACCAGCUGAAGACGGAAUAUGAUUUGCUGCGGAUCGUGAGUGCAGCAGAUCCCCAUGUGCAAGGCUUCUCGAAAGCUCACAUGUAUGGCGUUGAAGGACGCUUUAGUUUCCUGGCCAUGACCAUGUUGGGCCGCUCGUUAGAAGAUCGCAUGCAUCAGAGUGGCAAGAAACUCACCCCGCAGAGCGUGGUGCUGAUUGCCGACCAAGUGCUCCGGCGGAUGGAAUUUCUUCAUUCUUUGGGUUUGAUCCAUCGGGAUAUCAAGCCAGAGAACUUCCUGUUUGGGGUGGGGCCGCGCAUCCAUAUCGUCUAUGUCAUUGACUUCGGCCUGGGCCGGAGGUAUUGGCGGGACAAGCGGCACGCCCCAAUGAGGACGUUGCAGACCCUGACUGGAACCGCACGCUAUGCCUCCAUCAAUGCGCAUAAAGGUAUGGAGCAAAGCCGGCGUGACGACUUGCAGGCAGUGGCACACAUGCUGCUCUACCUCCUGAGAGGUUCGCUCCCCUGGUCCGGCCUGGAAGCGAAAACGCAGGAAGAAAAGUACCGCAAAAUCAGAGAAUGCAAGGAGACCUAUCCCAUUGAUCAGCUUUGUGAAGGUCAUCCUCAAGAGUUCGGUAAGUUCCUGAAGGAAGCACGAGCACUGGCGUACACAGCUCGUCCUGAUUACCUUGGAUGGAGGAAGAUGUUCGCUAAUCUGCGAGCCGAAAUUGGUCCUCAAUCGGACUCAGACUUCGAAUUCUUGAAGGGAAGAGAGACAGGCACCCUUGACCCGAUCCAAGUCUAUGACAGCCUGGAGCAGCCAGAUGACAAGGAGGAUGCCAGAAAACCCGAGAGUUCGUGCUGUAGCAUUUCCUAACCACCGUCAUCCGGUGCGGCUUCAGUAGCUGUCAGGGUGCUGAGCAGAUUUUCAAAAU